UGUGUUUGUCAUUUGUUUAUUGUUUACGUUUACUUAACCUAGCUUUUUGCCGAGGAGAGUUUCCUUCUUUCAUUUGUUAAUAAUUGUGAAUUGAAAUACUCAAAAUGCGUCUCAGCGUAGACGGCCUAAUAGUGUACUUUCCAUACGACUACAUAUACCCAGAGCAGUAUUCCUACAUGUGCGAGUUAAAGAAAGCCAUCGAUGCCAAGGGCCACUGCCUGCUAGAAAUGCCGUCAGGCACUGGCAAAACGGUGACCUUAUUGGCCCUGAUAGUCGCCUACAUGAGAGAAAACCCUCACCAAAUCAGAAAACUCAUCUACUGCUCGAGAACCGUGCCUGAAAUCGAAAAAGUCAUGGAAGAAAUGAAGAAGCUUUUCGAGUACUAUGAAACGCACGGUAUCCCCCUGAAUUUCACAGGUCUAGUGCUGUCUUCGAGAAAAAACCUUUGUAUACACCCGCAAGUCAGUACAGAACGUGAAGGUAAGACUGUAGACGGUAAGUGCCAUGGCUUAACAGCUAGCUAUAUCCGGGAGAGACAUAACUCUGAUGAUACGACGCCUAUAUGCCAGUAUUAUGAGGGUUUUAGUUUGGAUGGUAAAGAAUCCACGCUGCCUCACGGCGUCUACAACUUGGAAGACUUGAAACAAUUCGGCAGGGACCGCAAUUGGUGUCCCUAUUUCCUAGCUAGGUUCACCAUAACCUAUGCAAAUAUCGUAGUGUACAGCUACCACUACUUGUUGGACCCUAAGAUAGCCGACGUGGUGUCUAAAGAACUAGCUAAGGAGGCUGUGGUUAUUUUUGAUGAGGCUCACAACAUUGAUAACGUUUGCAUAGACUCUAUGAGCGUCAAAAUCCAAAAGAGAACCAUUGAAAAAGCCACAGCUAAUAUACAGUUAUUAGAGAAAACAGUGGCUGAAAUGCGAGAGGAUGACCAGAAACGCUUGCAGGACGAGUAUCAGAGAUUAGUUGAUGGUCUGAAAGACGCGAAUAUAGCUAGAGAAACUGAUGUAAUACUUUCUAACCCAAUUUUACCAGAUGAAAUCCUACAAGAGGCUGUGCCUGGCAACAUUCGUAAUGCCGAGCAUUUUAUAAGCUUCCUCAAACGCUUCCUUGAGUAUUUGAAAACUAGAUUGAGAGUGCAGCAUGUAGUGCAAGAAUCACCAGUUGGUUUCCUCAAAGACGUGCAAACUAAAGUUUGUAUUGAAAGGAAACCACUGAGGUUCUGUGCAGAGCGUCUAGCGUCAUUGCUGAAAACCCUGGAGAUAUCUGAUCUGACGGAUUUCAGCCCCCUGAUACUCAUCACCCAUCUGGCAACACUGGUUAGCACCUACACCACAGGGUUCACCAUCAUAGUUGAACCGUUCGAUGACAAAACGCCGACAGUGUCUAAUCCCAUACUCUACUUCAGCUGUCUGGAUUCUUCUAUUGCCAUGAAACCGGUUUUCGACAGGUUUCAGACCGUGGUUAUAACCUCUGGGACUCUAUCGCCGCUGGAUAUGUACCCGAAAAUUCUGAAUUUCCAUCCGGUUAUCAUGUCUUCUUUCACGAUGACACUGGCAAGACCUUGUCUUUUACCGAUGAUCAUAUCCAAAGGCAACGACCAAGUCGCCAUAUCCUCCAAAUUCGAAACCCGCGAAGACAACGCCGUGAUCCGAAACUACGGCCAACUUCUCGUCGAAGUAGCCGCCAACGUCCCCGAUGGCAUAGUCUGCUUCUUCACCUCUUACCUCUACCUCGAAUCCACCGUGGCCAGCUGGUACGACCAGGGCGUCAUCGACAGCCUACAAAGGUACAAGCUGCUCUUCAUCGAGACCCAAGACUCGGCGGAGACCAGCUUCGCCCUGAUGUACUACAUCAAAGCGUGCGAAUCCGGCAGAGGGGCAGUUCUCCUGAGUGUCGCCAGGGGCAAAGUCUCAGAAGGCGUUGACUUCGAUCACCACCUAGGCAGGGCAGUGCUUAUGUUCGGCAUUCCCUACGUCUACACCCAGAGCCGCAUCCUCAAGGCCAGACUCGAUUAUCUCAGGGACCAGUUCCAGAUACGCGAGAACGACUUUUUGACGUUUGACGCCCUGAGGCAUGCCGCCCAAUGUGUGGGCAGGGCCAUCAGGGGCAAAACCGACUACGGCAUCAUGAUUUUCGCCGAUAAGCGAUUUUCUAGGGCAGAUAAGCGGACCAAGCUGCCCAAGUGGAUACAGGAGCAUUUGAAGGACUCUUAUUGCAAUUUGUCUACGGAGGAGGGAGUGCAGUUGGCUAAGAGGUGGUUGAGGCAAAUGGCGCAACCUUUCACGAGGGAAGACCAGUUGGGGGUGUCUUUGCUCACGCUGGAACAGCUAGAGGCGAUGGAGGCGAGAAAGGCGAACGAUAAUGUUGAGAUGGAGGCUGUGAAUGGUGUCGAAUCCUGUAAAGCUGGAUUCGAAUCUAUUUCCUGCAAUCACGGUCUAAAGAUAAGUGGUCCUUCUGAGCUUCGAUGGGUAGACUCCGACCACCAUUUAGGCAGGGCAGUGCUCAUGUUCGGCAUUCCCUACGUCUACAGCCAGUGCCGCAUCCUCAAGGCUAAACUGGACUUCCUCAGGGACUAG